GCUUGGCGGUUGGUUCUUCAAUCUUCAUCCCAUCAGUUUGAUCAGAGAAAUUAGGGCAACGUCAUUUGGGCGAAAAUCUCUUCUCUGUUACGAAUACCUUGUUUUGAUUACUUGAGGCUUAGCUGGAUUCGUCUCCGGAGCUGUAGAUUUUCAGAUCCGGUCAGGGUCGUUCGUGAGAAGCUCCUUGUUUGGGUGUUUUGGGCUGCAUCGGACGCUGUCUGUCCUUUGAUGGCAUUUGAGUGCCAGGAGAGAAUUGAAGUUGCGAAUGAUUCAUCGAAUAUUGGCGAGAGAUUAUCUGAACAAAGAGCUGAGUCUGAUCUUCUGAAUUCGGAGCUGAGAAUUAGAAAUGGGUCUGUCGAGAUUCCAAGUGUGAAGCUAUGUUUCCAGCAAAAGAAGGGAACUUUGGUGCCCAGUGACUCGAAACAGUUGCUCUCUGACAAGGAUUUGUCUACUACUCAUCGGUGUUCCAUUAUUGAUUUGCCUCAGGCAUUGAUAUCUGAGAUUCUUAAUUGCCUUGACCCAAAAGAGUUAGGUCUAGUGUCUUGCGUUUCAACUAGUCUGCAUAGUUUAGCAUCGGAGCAUCAUGCGUGGAAGGAAUUCUACUGUGAGAGAUGGGGACUCCCCGUGGUUUUCGGGGCUAGAAGUUCUGGAUUUUCUGAUGAGAGAUCGUGGAAAGAGCUCUUUGUUGAGAGGGAAUUCAGGAGUAAGACCUUCUUAGGACGCUAUAAUAUCGAUACCCUUUAUGGCCACACUGAAGCAGUUCGGACUGUUUUUCUCUUAGCUUCUGCCAAGCUCAUUUUCACUUCUGGAUAUGAUUGCAUUGUUCGGAUGUGGGACAUGGAAGAAGGCUUGUCUAUUGCAGCAUCUAAACCGCUUGGUUGCACAAUAAGGGCAGUUGCCGCUGAUACAAAGCUUUUGGUAGCUGGCGGCACUGAUGGAUUUAUACAUUGCUGGAAAUCGGUGGAUGGUCUCCGGAACCUGUUCGACCUCACAAGUUUUCAGAAAGAGAAGACCGAGUUUCGCCUAUGGGGACAUGAGGGUCCUAUUACAUCUCUUGCCCUGGACAUGGCAAAUAUCUUUAGCGGUUCAUGGGACAUGUCUGUUCGUGUAUGGGAUCGAUCUUCAAUGAAAUGUAUCAAAACGUUGAGGCAUAGUGAUUGGGUUUGGGGGCUUGCGCCUCAUGAAGCCAGCAUUGCUUGUGCUUCGGGCUCGGAUGUAUACAUUUGGGACAUUAGUAGUGAGACUCCACUGGCGAUCAUCCAUGAUGUUCAUGAGGGUAACACUUACUCUCUGGCAAGAAGCCAUAGUGGGGAUUUCCUGUUUACUGGUGGAGAAGAUGGAGGAAUCAAAAUGUUUGAGAUCAGAACAUACGGUAUUGAAACAAGGGUUGUACUCAUAUCUCAAUGGAUGCCUCACACUGGUCCUGUUUACUCUCUUUCUUUCGAGUUUCCCUGGCUUGUCUCAGCAUCUGGUGAUGGUAAACUCGCACUUAUCGACGUUAGGAAGUUGUUGAAGACUAACCGUCGUGCCUUACCCAAAAGGGGUUCUUCGAGUACUGUGGAACCGCCACAAAGAAUGCUGCACGGGUUCGGGUCAAACUUGUUUUCUGUGGACGUGGGUUGUGACCGUAUAGUGUGCGGAGGUGAAGAAGGCAUAGUCCGGAUAUGGAACUUCACACAAGCGUUGGAGAUAGAGCGAAGAGCUAGAGCUCUCAAGGGAAUGAGGCUUGAGAACAGAAUGAGACGAAGGAAGAUGCAAAUGGAGAUGAAUGCAAAGAGUGGAAGGCCUGACCAAUGCUCCAUUGCUGCUCAUAAGAACCCAAUCAGUGGCGAUAGGAACCGAGCCUGGCAUACAAAACGAAGAGCAAGCGGGAAGUCGAAGGCCUAAGCAAUGUGAUUCGUUUUCCCUCCAACGCACUCAGUGAAGCAAGUUUUAAAAUCUUGGGCACAUUUUAGGCUUUGAGCUAACAGACUUGGGUCUUGUGAUUGAUGGAAACUGAGAAGAUUCGGUUUUAGCUCGCUUUUACUAUUCAUAUGUUUCGGAAACCGUUAAUUAAAGUUCAUUCAGGAAAACUCAAAA